AUGAAUACAAAGUAUAGUUUCCUUCAUAUCUUUAUAGGUACCUUGUUACUGUCUUUGGUUAUACUGGAGCCAAUAAAUUGCAAAAUCGACCCUAAAUUCAAGUUUGGGCCGUUAUACCCCCCUCAUGAUAGAACAAUUAUCAGUGACUUUGACAAUUAUGCAAUACACUAUUGUGGUCUGAAGGAUUCAUUAUUUAAUAUAGCUCACUGCAUUUUUCAUGCAUUAACAGAAGUACAGGAAGAAAAAGAACUUAAAUACGAAGAUUAUGAAAAUAUUGUUAACUUGUUGCUUCAGGGAAAGAAUCGGGCUUCUCUUCAGAAGCUGAUUUCUUCCACAAAUAAUUGUGAGAAUAUGGUCGUGCCAUAUAUUCAAUUUGAAAAGCCAAAGUCUACAAAGUCAAUAAUGGGAGUCAAAAUCUCAACUAAGGUUGAAGAUUACUGCAAAUUUGCCUACAGAUGUAUUAACAAUGGACCAAGUACUCUUAUUAAAAAUAAGGAAUCUGUAUUACAGGAAUACCUUGGAAGAUGGAUUAGCUCAGCUUCUCAAGGAAACGAAGGCUUUGGUUUGGUUUUAACCUCCAGACUUGACUUUCAAAUUUCAAAGCUUAAAAUCCGCUCAAAGGAGCCGAAGGAGCUUUUCCAGAUUGGAAGUAAACUUGCAGCAGAAUCCCCAGUCAAAAGAGAGUCUCUUUGUAUGGAGAUUUUUAACAACAAGGAAAUUUGCUCUAUUGUGAGCCCUUACAAGCCGAAAUUCAAUGGUUGGCUGCAUCCCCCUAUUGAUCCUAUUAAGAACAAACCUUUUAAGUUUAACCCCAAGUCUAUGAUAGAUGAGAAAGUUAAUAACAUUGUGAAUAUUCAAAUUAAUCAAGAACUGCCUCCCUAUUGUAUACCUCAAGAAAUUUUUUCAUUCCAACCUCCUGAAAUAUUUACUAAAGAAAAGAAGAAGAUUCAUUUUUAUACUGACUUAUCCCAGACCGAAAAGAACAUAAUUAACCAAUUUCUAAUGCAUUUUGUAAUUAACUAUGGUAAGAUCCCAAGAGUUAUAUUUGAUCAUAGAUCCAGGUUCGCUAUUGAAGGAUGGCUUUCACAUAAAAAUAAGUCUCCAAUCAUCUCAGUACACAAUUCAAUGUACUCAUUGGGAAGAAAGCUUCAGUACAAAGAUACAAUGAGCGGAAUGUUAUACUCAAACUCGGGAUCUAAAAAGGAAACAUACCCUUAUGAUUUUCCUCAAUUUAAAAUAUUUUCGGUUUACUCUGAUAAAACACGUACAUUUGAAAUCAGUGACUCUAAUCCACUGAUUUCUACAUGUUUGAAAGAGGGAUGUGCCUAUUAUAUAGGAAGAAGUUCAUCAAUGUGCCCAGUUUUGGUUAUAAGAGCUUCGGCAAUUAUUUCAAUAAAAAACUUUAAACAGUCUUCAGCAUCUUUUCUUGCCAUGUUUAUAAUGGCGUUUGCUGAAAAGUAUUUGUUUUUCCCAGGAAAGGUUGAAAGCAUUGACUUAAUUAUCGAUUGUAGAGGAUUCUCUCUUUCUAGUAUCUCAACUUUAUUGAGAAUCAAACCAAUUAUUUUAUACUGGCAGGAUGAAGGUAUAAUCAACCAGUAUCCUUUGAGAUUCAAUAAUAUCUUUGUUAUCCAACAGAGCGACAUUUGGGGUACUCUUAAAGACAUUCUUGCAAGAUUCUUUCUUUCAGAAACCAUCAAAAGUAUUAGAGUUAUUAGUAAUGUUUCCCAUAAUCCAAAGGAUAACGCAGAUCUUAAGCUUCUUUGGAGAUAUAUAUCACCCCAUAUUAUUGAAACUGAUAUGGGAGGUACUAGACCCAAAUUACAGCAGGGAGAGUAUUACCCAUUUAAAAUUUUACCAGGCCCCUAUAAACCUUUCAAUACCAAUCUAACAAACACCCAAGUUACUCCAUCCGUUAGUGACUGGCCCAAACCUGAUUUUAGUUCACCAAAGAAUCUCUACAAACUUCUUCCCCAAAGCGUUUUUUCUACAAAAGCUAAAACUUUGGAUGGAAACGAAGACGUUAUUCCCAUUAAUUGGAAAGAUUCUAAGAAGCUUUUAGAUAGCAUACCAAAGACAUUGUGGCCAGAUAUUUCGACCUCAAUACCUAAUAAUGAGCCAAAAGAUGAUUUAAAAAAGAAAGAAGGUUCUAAAUCGUCGAAAGACUCAGAAACUUCUAAAAAUGAAGAAAACGACGAUACCAAACUUUCUCAAGAGACUAAAGACAAACCCGGAACUCCAAAAAGAACUAUAAGUGGAGCUGAUUCUUUAAAAGACAUCUCCCACAGAAAUACUGUUCCAAAUGGCGGAAAAGGCAGAGAUCUACUUCUUCAGCUUUUGCUCACUCAAAAAAUACUUAAUAAUCUCAAACAGCUUUAUCUACUUAGGCUUGAGAAAAGCAAGAACAGACAUAAUCUGGAAGAACAGUGUGUCCGGCUUGCAACAGACCACAUAUUGUUUUUUUCAGACUUGGUUAAAAAAGCCUUGAUUGAAAUUUCCAAUCAAUUAGCAAAUAUAAAACAUGCAAAAAAGGCGCCAAGAAAUUUGCCACAAAUUAAUAUGAGAAUGUCGAUUUUUGAAGCAUAUAGAGAUAUAAUUUCAACCUUAAAGCUUAGUAGGGCAAAAGAAAUAUUAUCAUCAAAGAGUUUUAGUUAUCUAGAACGAGCUAGAAAACAGAUUUUAGAACUAGAAACCAAGCUAAACAAGGCAAGGCAAGAGAUUAGAACUCUUCUGAAAGAAGAUCCGGGCAUAUUGGAAGAAAAGGCUUCAUCUACAUGGGACAUACUUUUAUCUGUUUUCAAAGAUUUGGCCCAGCUUAGAAAAAAUAUCAGCGAUAUAGAACUUAAAGAGAAGAAGAUAAGCAUUAAGUUGCAUCAUUUGUGUGAACAACUAACUUCUUCAUUAGGCGUUACAAGGUCAUUUUUGGACAACUACAGCAAAUAUGACCACCUCAGUAUGUUUGAGAGCUCUCUUUUACUUAACAUGAUUAACGCAAUCAUUAAAGGCCAAGAGUACUCUUUUGAGAAACCUAUUACUGGUAAAUAA